AUGCGUGGGCUUGAGGAACAGCAAAGUGCUAGUGGCUUUGCUGCAGACCAUACUGAGAAAGAGGAGGAGGGAGCAGACGAUGGAUCACUGAGCAAUGCGCAUGUGAUCUCUGAUGAGGACUUUGACACAGACCUGGAGCUGGAAGAUGAGGAGCCACGGUAUGACCCCUCAGGAAGAAAGUGCUAUCUGGAGGUGUGUGAGAGGUUAGGGGUGGUGCCAGCCUCCUACUUCCUACAUCACAUAAGUGACAGCGAACUGGCCAUGGAGCAUCACGGCCUGGGACCCAAGGGCACUCAAGCACUGGCGGUUCCCCUGGUAACCAACACCUCAGUCCUGAAGCUGAACCUGCGAGAUAAUUGGAUGGAGGGAAUGGGCGGAGCUGCAAUAGCCCAAAUGCUGAAGGAAAAUUGUUACAUUACAGAAGUAGAUGUGUCUAACAACAGAAUGGGAGAUGAGGGAGCACGAGCCAUGGCCAGUAUGUUGAAGGAGAACAGCACUCUGGCUCAGCUCCAUUUGUCCAAUAACAGCUUCACGGACCACGCUGCUGGGGUCCUCUCUCCAGCUCUGGUCACCAACAGCAAACUGCAGCAUCUGGAUCUCAGUCAUAAUUCUCUUGGGGAGGCAGCAGGAAUCUAUCUUCGAGAAGGACUGUCUGAAAACACAGGGCUGAGAAGUCUGAAUCUGGCCUGGAACUGCAUUCGGGGAAAAGGAGCCGUGAUGUUAGCCAAUGGCCUCGCUGGAAACCUUUUUCUCAGACAAGUCGACUUGUCCUUCAAUGGUUUUGGGAAAGAAGGAGCAGUAGCGUUGGGACAGGCACUUAAAGAAAACAAUGUUUUGGAGGAGCUCAACAUAAGUAACAACCGUAUCCCCCCUAAAGGAGUCAUCCGCCUCGCCAUGGGCCUCAGAGCAAACAAGACCAUCAAAUCCCUGAACGUAAGCUGCUCCAUGAGAUUGGUUCUGGCAUCACAAGCAAUAGGGAGCAUCAGUGCGAAAAAUAAGAUAAAAAUGUACCACCGUAUUCUUCUAUAA